AUGUCGACAAUACAGCAACUCAAAAACUUCAUCCGUCAUGGCAAACAAGCUCGAGCUGCCAAUGCUGACGACUCUGCCCGCACAAAACAUGAGCACUCUCCUCCCCAUUCGCAAGCCCAUGCGAAGCAGCACAAUAUGGCGCCAGCAGUUUCGGAGCCUGUGUACGGAGCGGGUGCCCCACGACAAAACCACGUCGAUGCCUAUUCGACUGCCGGAGAUGCCCAAAACAGAGUGGCCCAGGCCGGCCAUGUAGCCGCGCACCAUGUCGAACCAGCCCAGGGUGUCAGCAGCAAGACAAAGAAGAGGGUACCUGACGAAAACAUCGCCAAGUUGGUCGCCGAAGAGAAUGCCGACAAGAAUAAGCUUCCGAGGUAUCAAGGUCUCGAGCGCUGGCAACUUGUUGAAAAGAUGGGAGACGGCGCCUUCAGCAACGUAUACCGCGCCCGCGACCUGCAAGGCCAACACGGAGAGGUGGCCAUCAAGGUCGUUCGCAAGUUCGAGAUGAACAACAUGCAGAGCAACAAGCAUCUCCAUCCGGAUUUCAAGCCAAAGGCUCCCAAAGCAGCAGAGCGGGCAAACAUUCUCAAAGAAGUUCAGAUUAUGAAGCAACUCGACCACCCCAAUAUUGUCAAGUUGAUCGACUUUUCCGAGUCCCAGCACUAUUACUUUAUUAUUCUGGAGCUGGCUCCAGGUGGCGAGCUGUUCCAUCAGAUCGUUCGCCUGACCUACUUCAGCGAGGAGCUCUCCCGUCAUGUUAUCGUCCAAGUGGCCAAGGCGCUUGAGCACCUCCACGAAGAAAAGGGAAUCGUUCAUCGUGAUAUCAAGCCUGAAAAUAUUCUUUUCAGCCCCAUCCCGAUGGUGCCCUCGAAGCACCCGAAGCCCAAGCAACCGGGAGACGAGGACAAGGUAGACGAGGGAGAGUUCAUCAAAGGGGUGGGUGCUGGAGGUAUUGGCCAGAUCAAAAUCGCAGACUUUGGCCUCUCCAAGAUUGUUUGGGAUAACCAGACCAUGACGCCAUGCGGUACUGUUGGUUAUACCGCUCCCGAAAUCGUCAAGGAUGAGCGGUACUCAAAGUCAGUUGAUAUGUGGGCGCUUGGCUGUGUGCUUUACACCAUGUUGUGCGGUUUCCCGCCAUUCUACGACGAGAGUAUCGAGGUGCUCACCGAGAAGGUUGCCAAGGGGCAGUACACCUUCCUCUCCCCUUGGUGGGAUGACAUCAGCAAGUCGGCCCAGGAUUUGAUCUCACAUCUUCUCUGCGUCGAUCCCGAGCAGCGAUACACCAUCAAGGAGUUCUUGGCUCAUCCCUGGAUUCGCGAGUCUGGUCCUACACCACGUGACGAGAAGAAGUCGGCCAUGUCGUCAGACGGUGUUUUGAGGGCGUUCGAUGCCACCAAGCUUGUGGACGGCGACAAGCGCUACGACUUCCGCUCGCCUGCUGCGGUCAAUCUGCGUGAGGUGUUUGACGUUGGAUACGCAGUCCACAGACAGGAAGAAGAGGGCAAAAGAAGGAAGCAAAUUGGUGGAAAGGCUGGCGUUGAUCGUCUUGCCGAGCUGGAUGAAGAUGCUGAGAUGGAGGAGGCACCUGCAGGCUCGACUCAGCAAAUCGAGCAAAGCAUGCGCAACACUCAGAUUAAGGAUCACGAGCAGCGCGGGCGCGAUCGAUCUCGGAAACCCCAUCCUCCGCCUGCCGCGGCUGAGCAGAAGGGUUAUGGUCAGCAUUCGGCUACUGUCGCCGCCGCCGCAAGACAGCAAGUUCGUGAACGUCAACGACAGAAGGGUGUUUUCGAGUUGAACCUUGAUGGAGCUACAUUAUUGGGACGUCGCGGUGCAAAGCCUGCGACUCGGGUGGCGUAG